AUGUCUGCUCCAGCUCCAACCUCUCGCUCUCCAUCGCCCGUCCAGGCACCGCCUGUCCAGCAAACUCCGGGCCCGCGCGCCGCUGCCCUUCAGAAGCUCUAUAACGAUGCUAUAUCACACACGCUCCGGACGUGUAGCUACUCCAACUUCGCCUCGUCCUUCCCGACUCCAGCCAGUCAUGCUCCCGAUGCCAUGAAGCGCCUGCAUACCGACUUUGUCGAGAAGCUAGACCGCACCUGCAAGCUCAACUUUGAUCAGAUCCUACGCGACCGCCAGGUUGUCGCGUCGCUGAACGACCUGGACCGCUUGGUCGACGACGCGAGAAGAAGAAAGACUGCUGCCGAGCAAGCGACAAAUGGCCAGCCAGUACAACCUCCGCUCCCGUACGUCCAAGUCCAAACUCUUUGCACGCGAACAGCAUACUUACNNCCGACUCUCAGACCUCAUACCCUGCCAGCUUCGUCGCUGUACCUUUCACAUCUUGCACCGCUCCUGUCCGACCAGCACGCUUCUCUGUCGGCAAGAUUGAAAACUGCUCAGUCGGAGAACGCCGACCUGGUCGACACGGUCUUGGAACAGCGACGAGAAAUCGAGCGCUUGGUUUCGCAGCUGGAGACGACGAUUGCUGACAUUGAUGCUGCUAAUGAAGCUCUACCCAUUAACGACAUGGAUGUUCUGACCGAAGAAGCCGUCGCCCUGGACAUGGAUCUCAGGACUGCCGGCUGA